AUGCCGCAGGCAGCACGAUCUCUCAACGUUCUUGUUGUUGGAGCCGGCCUUGGCGGCCUCGCCACUGGCCUUGCGCUUCAGACAGACGGGCACACAGUAACAAUUAUCGAUGCUGCUCCGGAAUUCGCUGAAGCAGGAGCAGGAAUCAGAGUUCCCCCAAACUCUAGCAGACUGUUGCUUCGCUGGGGCGUAGAUCUGGAGAAGAUGAAGAAAUCAGUAUCAAAGCGUUACCACUUUAUCCGAUGGGAAGACGGUGCAACUAUUUGCAAACUUCCAUUCGACAACAUUGUUGAGACCCACGGCGCACCCUACUAUCUGGUCCACCGGGCCGAUCUGCACGCUGGACUGCUCGAGGCUGCUCGGAAAGCAGGUGUUGACAUCCACACGCACAAGAGAGUAAUCGAGUACAACUUCGAGGCACCCUAUGCCAAGACCCAGGAGGGCGAGAUCUUCAAAGCCGACCUCAUUAUCGGAGCUGAUGGCAUCAAGUCGAUCGCAAGACCCCUGCUUACGGGCCAGCCUGAUAUCCCCCGCGACACUGGUGACGUUGCAUACCGAAUUCUAAUACCAGGAGAGAAGCUUCUCGCCGAUCCCGAACUUGCGAACCUCAUAACCGACCCUUGCACGACCUCUUGGUGUGGUCCUGAUGCCCACCUCGUCGGAUACCCGAUCCGCAAUGGCGAGAUGUACAAUAUUGUCGUCUGUGCUACUUCAUACAAUGAGACCACGGACGAGGUCUGGGUGAUCAAGGGUGACAACAGGGAGCUGUGUGAGCGAUUUGGAAAAUGGGAAAAGCGUGUCCAGAAGCUGUGUGCACUUACAGGAGAUUUCAUGAAGUGGAGACUCUGUGACCUUCCCAACCUUACUCGAUGGGCCCAUCCGUCGGGCAAGGCUGUUCUUCUGGGCGACUCCUGCCACCCAAUGCUUCCCUACCUGGCUCAAGGUGCAGCACAAGCCUUUGAAGAUGCGGCUGUCAUCAGGCAAUGUCUUGCCCAGGACACCGAUCUGCCCACAGGGCUCAAGAACUACGAGAGUAUCCGGAUGCCGAGGGCAAGCUUGGUUCAGGCCAAGACACGGGAGCAUCAAUACAUCCUUCAUAUCGACGAUGGCGAGGAGCAAAAAGCUAGGGAUGAACGUAUGCGCGUUAACGCAGCGGAGAAUCCUGUCUUCUGGGGUUAUGACGAUCGCCGGAAAUGGUUAUUUAGCCACGAUGCUGAGAUCCUCAACAAGGAUGGCGCAAACUGGAGAGAGGCAAGCCAAUCUACAGGUGUUGCAGCUCACUGA